UUGCCUGUCUAAGCUUCAGUUACUUUAUCUGUAAAAUGAGGUUGUAAUAUUUACCUUUAAAGGUUACAUGAGGCUUUGAAAUAACAUUUUUGAAGUCCCUGACAUGUUAUAAAUUUUCAAUAAAUUGAAGCUGUUAUUUUUACGGCAUGAUUAUUAUAAGUUCUGAUCUCAGUGAUAUGAUGUGUAUUUGGAAUAAGCCUGAUGUUUGUCUACAUAUAGGGUGAUGUGUCUUCCCGAAAGAGGGGCACACAGGUAGUCUUACCACUCCCCAAUUGUCUCUGUACAAGCUUUCUACCAGGAGGUGGUUCUCCCAGAGGGGAAAAUUUGUUGGUCAGCUUGUUAGUAUUUGCUACUGAAGUAGAAUUAGAGGUUUUGACUCGAUCUCUGAACGAAGCCAUCUGAUGGAGAAUCUGAGGUUUGAUCAUGGCCAUAACCACUGUAUCUGGGUGAGUUACUUCACCUUCCUGGCCUUCGGAUUAUUCUGAGGUGAAAACUAUGCUGAAGACUGAAUGCGCUACUGCAGUGAAGGAAUUAGCACCAUACCUCUGGUCCUCAGGAAAUUUUAUUUCCUCCUUUCCUAGUCUAUAAAGUUAAGCCUUUUCAUUAGUUUUUUCAUUGUAAGAUCAUUGCCAACUUCGGUAUUCAGUUUCAAUAUGAUUUUAUAGAAUUUGUUAUACUUCAUGCUUUGGCAUCCACAUGGAAUUUUUGCAUCUUGAUUUCUUGUGUCAUCAGGGAAAUUUUAGUCCAACAAAGCAGUAUUUUAAUACUGUUGAAUAUUAACAUUUAUCUUCUCACAAUUAGUUAAACCAGACUGCCCAGACUGUGGAGAAAAGAGUAGAUAUUUGAAGCAUGUACAUAAGGAUUGCCAUUUGCCAAAAAUUCAAAUUCAUUGAUUAGUCACGGCCAAACAUUUUGGGAUCAUCUAAGGACUUAGGGAAAUUAAUCCAAUUAUAUGGAUAUAUUUCCUUUGUGAAUCCUAUUGAUGACUGUUUGGGAAAAACAGAAUAUGAAAACACAAAUACGGUUCAGAGAGAAAUCUUUUAAGCCAAAAAGACUAUGAAAGGUUUUGCUAUAAUCCACUCAGAAAUUCUGAAAGGUAGAUUAGAUGUAUCAUCCUUGCUUUAACCACUGAGGAAAUUAAAACACCAAAAGAAUGAGAGAUUCAUCUAUCUCUUAGCACGGCAGGGACAAGCCAGCAUUAGAAUGCAAAUGGCACUGCUAUCAGCACAUAUAUAGAAAAAUGUGCAGCCAAAAGGUAUAUUUAAAACAUCCCUAGUGUUAAUUGGUUCAGUUGGAGUAUAUUUUCCCUCUUACUGUUCAAUAAUUCAUUGCUGUUUAGCUCUAGUAGGCGCUAUAACAACCAUAGAAUGUCAAACAUACAAGGGUCCUUGGAAGUCGGAGACCAUCCCCUGGAUUUCACAAAGGAAAUGACUGAAAGCAAGAGAAGGAAAGAGACAGCUGUCCACACAACCACACUAUGCGAUCUCCAACCUGAGCAUAUGCCAGUUGACAUGGGAACACUGAGGCCAGCAAUUUAAGGAUUUUCACAUUUGCUUGCAGUGGUUUUUGACCACACGGACCAACCUUCUUCAAGGUAGCUAAGCGGGAUUUCUGAGAACGGGCUGCUCUGACUUCAUCUUAGCCCACCAUGAGGUUCUUCCUGCUUUGUGCCUACAUGCUGCUCCUGAUGAUUUCCCAGUUGAGGGCAGUCAGCUUCCCCGAAGACGAUGAACCCCUUAAUACUGUUGACUAUCACUAUUCAAGGCAAUAUCCGGUUUUUAGAGGACGCCCUUCAGGCAAUGAGUCACAGCACAGGCUGGACUUUCAGCUGAUGUUGAAAAUUCGAGACACACUUUAUAUUGCUGGCAGGGAUCAAGUUUAUACAGUAAAUUUAAAUGAAAUCCCCAAAACAGAAGUCAUACCAAGCAAGAAACUGACAUGGCGAUCAAGACAACAGGAUCGAGAAAACUGUGCCAUGAAAGGCAAGCAUAAAGAUGAAUGCCACAACUUUAUUAAAGUAUUUGUUCCGAGAAACGAUGAGAUGGUUUUUGUUUGUGGUACCAAUGCGUUUAAUCCCAUGUGUAGAUACUAUAGGUUGAAUACCUUAGAGUAUGAUGGGGAAGAAAUUAGUGGCCUGGCAAGAUGCCCAUUUGAUGCCAGACAAACCAAUGUUGCCCUUUUUGCUGAUGGGAAGCUGUAUUCUGCCACAGUGGCUGACUUCCUGGCCAGUGAUGCUGUUAUUUAUCGAAGCAUGGGCGAUGGAUCUGCCCUUCGUACAAUAAAAUAUGAUUCCAAAUGGAUAAAAGAGCCACACUUUCUUCAUGCCAUAGAAUAUGGAAACUAUGUCUAUUUCUUCUUUCGAGAAAUUGCUGUAGAGCACAAUAAUUUGGGCAAGGCUGUAUAUUCCCGUGUGGCCCGCAUAUGUAAAAAUGACAUGGGUGGCUCCCAGCGGGUCCUGGAGAAACACUGGACUUCAUUUCUGAAGGCUCGACUUAACUGUUCUGUCCCCGGAGAUUCGUUUUUCUACUUUGAUGUCCUGCAGUCCAUUACAGACAUAAUACAAAUCAAUGGCAUCCCCACUGUGGUGGGGGUGUUCACCACCCAGCUCAACAGCAUUCCUGGUUCUGCAGUCUGUGCAUUUAGCAUGGAUGACAUUGAAAAAGUAUUCAAAGGACGGUUUAAAGAACAGAAAACUCCGGAUUCUGUGUGGACGGCAGUCCCUGAAGACAAAGUACCAAAGCCAAGGCCUGGGUGUUGUGCAAAGCAUGGCCUCGCUGAAGCAUAUAAAACCUCCAUCGAUUUCCCGGAUGAAACCCUGUCCUUCAUCAAGUCCCACCCCCUGAUGGACUCCGCCGUCCCACCCAUUGCCGACGAGCCCUGGUUCACAAAGACUCGGAUCAGGUACAGACUGACGGCCAUCGCUGUCGACCAUUCUGCUGGACCCUACCAGAACUACACAGUCAUCUUUGUUGGCUCAGAAGCUGGCGUGGUACUUAAAGUUUUGGCAAAGACCAGUCCUUUCUCUUUGAAUGACAGCGUGUUACUGGAAGAGAUUGAAGCAUACAACCAUGCAAAGUGUAAUGCUGAGAAUGAGGAGGACAGAAAGGUCAUCUCAUUACAGUUGGAUAAAGAUCAUCAUGCUUUAUAUGUGGCAUUCUCCAGCUGCGUUAUUCGCAUCCCCCUCAGUCGCUGUGAGCGUUAUGGAUCAUGUAAAAAAUCUUGUAUUGCAUCUCGGGACCCGUACUGUGGCUGGUUAAGCCAGGGCAUCUGUGGCAGAGUGACCCCAGGGAUGCUGCUGUUAACCGAAGACUUCUUUGCUUUCCAUAACCACAGCGUUGGAGGAUAUGAACAGGACACAGAAUAUGGUUACACGGCCCAUCUAGGGGACUGCCAUGAAAUUUUGCCUACUUCAACUACACCAGAUUACAAAAUAUUUGGCGGUCCAACAUCUGACAUGGAGGUAUCUUCAUCUUCUGUUACCACAAUGGCAAGUAUCCCAGAAAUUACACCUAAAGUGAUUGAUACCUGGAGACCUAAACUGACGAGCUCCCGGAAAUUUGUAGUUCAAGAUGACCCAAACACUUCUGAUUUUACUGAUCCUUUAUCAGGUAUCCCAAAGGGUGUACGAUGGGAAGUCCAGUCUGGAGAGUCCAACCAGAUGGUCCACAUGAAUGUCCUCAUCACCUGUGUCUUUGCCGCUUUUGUUUUGGGUGCAUUCAUUGCAGGUGUGGCAGUAUACUGCUAUCGUGACAUGUUUGUUCGGAAAAACAGAAAGAUCCAUAAAGAUGCAGAAUCUGCCCAGUCGUGCACAGAUUCCAGUGGCAGUUUUGCCAAACUGAAUGGUCUCUUUGACAGCCCGGUCAAGGAAUAUCAGCAGAAUAUCGAUUCUCCCAAAUUGUAUAGUAACCUGCUGACCAGUAGGAAAGAGCUGCCACCCAAUGGAGAUACUAAAUCCAUGGUAAUGGACCAUCGAGGCCAACCUCCUGAGCUGGCUGCUCUCCCCACACCUGAGUCUACACCUGUGCUUCACCAGAAGACUCUGCAGGCCAUGAAGAGCCACUCAGACAAGGCUCACGGCCAUGGAGCUUCAAGGAAAGAAACUCCCCAGUUUUUUCCCUCUAGUCCUCCACCACAUUCCCCAUUAAGUCAUGGGCAUAUCCCCAGUGCCAUUGUUCUUCCUAAUGCUACCCAUGACUACAACACAUCUUUCUCAAACUCCAAUGCUCACAAAGCUGAGAAGAAGCUACAAAACAUUGACCACUCUCUUACAAAAUCAUCCAGUAAAAGAGAUCACCGGCGUUCUGUCGAUUCCAGAAACACCCUCAAUGAUCUCCUGAAGCAUCUAAAUGACCCAAAUAGUAACCCCAAAGCCAUCAUGGGAGAUAUCCAAAUGGCCCACCAGACCCUCAUGCUGGAUCCUAUGGGACCUAUGUCAGAGGUCCCACCCAAGGUCCCUAACCGGGAGGCAUCACUAUACUCUCCUCCUUCAACUCUCCCCAGAAAUAGCCCAACCAAGCGAGUGGACGUCCCCACCACUCCUGGAGUCCCAAUGACUUCUCUGGAAAGACAACGGGGAUAUCACAAAAAUUCCUCCCAGAGGCACUCCAUAUCCGCUAUGCCUAAAAACUUAAAUUCACCAAAUGGUGUUUUGUUAUCUAGACAGCCUAGUAUGAACCGUGGAGGGUACAUGCCCACCCCAACAGGGGCGAAGGUGGACUACAUUCAGGGAACACCAGUGAGUGUUCAUCUGCAGCCUUCUCUCUCCAGACAGAGCAGCUACACCAGUAAUGGCACCCUUCCUAGGACGGGACUAAAGAGGACACCGUCUUUAAAACCUGAUGUGCCACCAAAGCCUUCAUUUGUUCCUCAAACCACAUCUGUCAGACCACUGAACAAAUACACUUACUAGGCCUCAAGUGUGCUAUUCCCCAUGUGGCUUUAUCCUGUCCUUGUUGUUGAGAGGAUGAUGUUGUAAGGGUACCUUAAGACAAGAGACUCGCUUGUAUUUUAAGAGAACCAAGUGGCCAAAGAAACUCUUUCUAACUUUGGCAACAGAACUUGCCACAUGUAGCUACUGCAGCAAGGCUUCUGUGUACUUGUCUGAAACAAAGGAAGGUGCUGGUCAUUCCAUUUCUUUUGUUUGAAGCUAAAGUGAUGUGUAGCUCCAAGGGGCUACCUUACCAGUUUAAAGAGCUGAUACAGUACUCAGAAUAAUCUGUGAGCAAAUACUUGAAAAUGGGUUCAACUUAGACUGCCAUUAUGUGUGGUCUUCCCAUUAAAUGUGAACAUUUUAAUAUGUAUGCAUUCACCUUGCCUCUUGCACAAAUGUCAAAAAACAAUGGUAAUGUCUCAAAGAAAUGAACUUGUAGAUUACCAAACAAUUUGCUAAAACUUCAGUCUUUGACCCAAACUGUAGCAUUUUUUUCAUGUGUGGCAUUUUUUUCACGCCACCAAUGAUCUGUGUUGUGUGUGUGUGUGCACGUGUGCGUGGGUGCGUGCGUGUGUGUUCUGUACCCACUAGGAUCUGUUUAGGUGCCCUUUGCAUCUUCUUGUGCUAUGGAGUUGUUUACAUUGAGCAUGACUGAACAAGAGACCAUAACUUCUUCCUACAGCAGUCCAUUGGGUUCAGCUUUGAGAAAGAAAGAAAAUCGAGGCUGAUUUGACCGUCAGAAUGAUUAACUUGACUUACGUGGUACCCAAUGCCAGAAUGUAAAAGUUCUAAGUAAUUUUGUGCUGCUAUUCAUUAAAACUUCUAUUACAGUCUUGCCAGCUUCAGGAGAUCGAGAUGUUAAGAGGUAUCUUUGAUUAAUCCACCAGUAUUCGGUAGUAAAAUUUACCUGUCCACUGUGAAUCCAAGCCUGAAUCACUCUAUUUAACCUUGGACACAUUAAUAAGGUUUUCUUUUGAUUGUGUUUACUUUCUCCUUUAACUCCUCCUACCCCCAAGAUAAAAAAAUGAAAUAAGACAGAAGACAAAAGAAGGAGACGUGGAAGGAAUUGUAAUUGGCUUAACAGAAACAGUCUUUGAAAGCCUAACAGUGGUGCAAUCAUGUUGUCUAUGUCGUGUUUUGUGAGAAUUCUCUCCUAAGUCAUGCAGGUAAUGACAAUAUACUGUAAAUAUUACAUGUGCGUUUACCUGGAUCUGUGCAUUUUGUGCCUUAUUCAUGAGAAUGAUAGAAGUACUAAAAUAUGUCAAGUGUUUUCAGUAUAGCACAUCAUUUACUGAGUGCCAGUUGUAAAUGUUUUUCAACCAGCACCUGAAAAGACUUUUAAAAACUCAUAAAACCAACCUAGAACAAUUAAUCGUAAAACAAUCCACCCAAAUAGCAGCAUUACACCCUUUGCCAUGGUAAACAUUCCACUCCUGCUUUCCUAAGGAUGAAACAGUGAUAAUGUGAAGUCAAAUGAGGUUUCCCGGGCAAGGUGACACCUGUGGAAAUCAUAUAGAGUCAUUUAUUCGUAGUUUUGCAAAAGCCUCUUACAGUUGAUGAUGUGCAAACCCAACGACUGUUUCAGUUAAUAUGCUGCACACCACACCAUGGUUUAUUGAACCUAAUCUAGAAAGUAUCAAGGCAGAGGAAUACUCCUGACUUAGUCAGACAAAUAAGUUCAACUGAUUUCUUGUGACAACGCUGAUGAUAUAUAUUACUUGGGGGAGGAUGGGGUGCAGAAGACCAGAGCAUUUUUAUAGAGAAUGUAGAAUACUGAUACUGUUACUCUUUUCCUUUGAGAAUAUUGUUUUAUAAAGAACGUGAUUCCCUGAGAUCUCUGGAAGCUCAAAAGCUAGAACUUCUGUUCUUGAAACACUUCAGCUUUGCAACUAAAAUAUUACAGAUUAAUAAUAAAUUAAACCAACCAACGAUAAACAGUACUCAGUUCACCGCCGACAAACGUGUUUGAAUUCACCUGACCAAUAUUAAUCCCGGCGUGCGGAACGCGGAACAGUAACUCUAUGUGAACCCGGAUAACAUUUUGUAACAUUGUGCUGCCUUGUAGUUUGUAAUGUGAGUUCCUAUCAGUAUUUAUGUUGAAAUUUCUAACAUAAAAUGUAGUCUCUAUCCUGUUAAUUUAAUUUUUAAAUGCUUUAUCCAUUUGUGCAAAGGUAAACACAGAUUGUAUCUUUUUUAACGGUACGGCAUAAAAAGUAACCCUCAAGUGAAGUGGCUCUAUACUGUUUUAUAGAGUACUUUAACAUGUAUAGAGAUCUUGUAAACUUGUAUUGUGGAUGUGUAAAUAAUAUGUACUUUGGGUUUUUAACACCGCAUGUAAAGUCAAAAUAAAAUAUACAAAUCAUUAUAUCCUG